AUGACGGCCACAUCCGCGGCGGCGGAGCUGGACGCGGAGACCAGGAGCAUCCUCGAGCGGGCCGCGGCGGCCUCCUUCCCGCCGCUCCCCGCCGUCCACCACCUCCUCUCCGUCGGGGUCUGUGUCCGAUGCAUAUUUCGCAUGUUUGGAGCCUUUAGCCAUGCCUGCUCAUGCACGUCUCUUACGGUGUCAGUCUUGCACUCAUUUCUUGAAGAGCAUGAUGAUUCCGUGAAGAGUGGGUCUUGCUCAUGUUUGUUGACGGAUGAAACAUGCUGCUCUGUUUGCUUUGGAAUAUUGCUACCUACGUGUCAUCAGGACGAUGGUGUAGCAUCAAUUGAUAAUAUUUCUCGUAUUGACAUCAUUACUUCAAUGGUAUCUCAAGCAGUCCAAAGAGAGAACUAUCAAAUCGAUGAGUUUUCUUUAGAAAUUUCACUGCCUGCAGUUGUAGCAGCUAAUGAACGUGCCAUGAGGUUAUAUAUGAAACAGAAAUAUGGCAAUGAAAAUUGGUUCAAGGACGAAAUAUUUUCUCAACAAACCAUGUCAGUCAAGGAGGCCCUGAGACUUUUGAUAGUACCAUCACUUGAGAAACAACUGGAUGUUAAGCAUGGUAACAAUUCAUUUCGAAUCCGCUUAACGUAUACCCAUGAUGAUGCUUCACUGAAGCUUAAUAGUUUAUUGCCAAAUGACAGUAGUCGUAAAAGAAAAACUGAGUCAAGAGAAGGAACUGAUACUAGAAGGAAUUCAACAUAUGAUGAUAAACAGAUAUUAAGUGAGACAGAUUCAUUCAUCCACAAGACCCUUGAGGGUAUUCAAGAUAAGGAGUUCUGCAGUUUAUUUCAGUUGCCUCCUGAGAAGGUGGUCAAACCAUGCGAUCUUGUGAUAUCCUGCCUAAGGUCACCCAUAUACAUUGGCGGAAGAUACUUGAAGCUUUCAAGAAAUGUCAGUCAGUCAUGUUGGAUAAUUGAUGAUGAAAGAAUGGGUGAAGCAUCAGUUGAGGAGAUAAUAGGAGAGCAUGUCCGUGCCAUCUGCAGAGGUGAUGGCUGCAAGUUCCAUGCUGCUGGAAGAGAAGAUAUUGAUGUACGGAUGCUUGGAUCUGGUCGUCCAUUUCUAAUUGAAGUCUUAAAUGUGCGGUCUAUACCAUCUGCGAAUGAAGUUCAACAAAUUGCUGACAAGAUUAAUAGCUCCGAGAAGAAACAUGUGAGAGUUAGAAAUCUCAAUUUAGCAGACAGUGAAAUAUGGUCCAUGAUGCGUGAAGGAGAAGCAGAGAAACAGAAGCAGUAUGCUGCCCUCAUAUGGACUUCUAGGCCUCUGACGGAUGAUGACCUGCAGAAGAUUUCUGUUGUUAAGGAUAUGGAAAUUAUACAAAAUACCCCAAUAAGGGUUCUUCAUCGAAGAAGUCCAUUAGAGCGAAAACGGAUUAUACAUUGGAUGGAGAUUGAGAAAGUUGAGGGCAGCUCAAACUAUUACUUGCUGCAUUUAUGCACUCAGGCUGGAACAUACAUUAAGGAGUUUGUGCAUGGUGAUCUUGGGCGCACGAACCCAAGUAUUGGUGCCAUGGUAGGUUGCAGGGCCGAGAUACUGCAACUGGAUGUCACUGACGUUAAGAUGGACUUGCUGCAAUAAUAUGCUAUUGGUAGAGGAGACCUACUCAUAAGCCAAGAUAGACGUACUCAUAAGCCAAGAUUCCUCUGGAAGAAGUAUGCCGUGGGCGGGUGCGGUAGGAAUGACGGACUGUUUCUUUUCAUCCACUGCAUAGCUAUUUUGAGAAAAUUGAGGACUUUGAGCCCAUUGGGCUCCAAUGUGUACCCUUUCCCAUCAACAAUUUUGAGGAAAUUGAGGAACUGACAUCGUUUGUCUCCAGUGUUUACCCUGUAUGUCACCUUGUGCCGUUGUACUA